AUGCUGAAGCAGGGAGGAUGGUGGAGCAGCAUGUUGAGCAUCUUAGCACCUAUGAGAACAAUACCGGCAUCGAACCUGGGUCGCGAGGACAUUAUGAGCAAGUGGAUUGCGAGAGAGUGUAACCUCUUGAGCUCGCAAAAGUGUGCCUUUGUGGAAGUCGGCCGUACGGACUUUAGCGGUAUAGAGACUUGGGGGGGGGUGAUGAGUUUUACUGUGAGCUUGUGCGGGAAGUUCUUGAUGGCUGCUCAUGGCCGAGUUGUCUACAUAUAUGAGCUGAAUCAUGUGUGCUUUCCGGAGCGGUUGCUGUGGGCGCUGCCGUUUCGUCGAAGGCAGGGGAUGCCGUUGGGGCUUUUGAGGCCGGUGACGAAGAUUUUGUGUCCGAGGAGAGUUAUUUCGUGCAGUAUGGAUACUUCGGCGGAGAGAUAUUCUGUGGCAUUUCUGAUGGAGGGUCGGGUUGGCAUGGUGUGUGAUAUCACGACUGAGAGAACGGGCACGUCGAGUCUUGCGUCGACGCCUCAGUCAACUGAACCUCCUGUGAUCAAAUCUGGAUCCGGGUCCGUAUCGGGCGUAUCUUCUGCAUCGGCAUCUUUGGCAUCUUCAAGUCAAUGUGCAUGUCAUGACCACUUGCCGAGUCUUCCGAUGCCGCCAGAAGAAGGUCCAAGAUCGGUUUAUCGCAAUAUCUGUCAUCCGGAUGAUCCUCCGCGGUCGGUGGCCAUCUGUCCUCAAAGAAAAUGCGUGGCCUUUGGAUGCUCUGCCGGGAUUGAACUACACUGGGUUGAUGCAAUGACUGGUCAGGAUCUCAGCAGAUGGUUCCCACUCACGUCUCCGAGCGACUUUCUCUAUUUCCUGCCACCGCGAAGAGGAGUGGACACGCCGCGAAAGUUGAGGCUGAUUAGCUCAGCUGCUGGUCUGGGCAACCCGAUGGAGCUGCUUGAUGGCAUUAUUCACGGCUUCAGUACUUCGCUUUUAGGAUCCGGGAGCACGGCGGUGGUGUCUUGCUUUGACGCUGAGCCUUGGUACAUGAGGCAUAGUCGUGGCAUUUCUGUGGAAGCUGGAGGACCGAGUCGAGAUGCUGAUGUUGAUAAUGAUGAAAGUCUGCUUAGUCGAAAUGUGCCGCGAGACAGUCCUUUGCGACGGCUUGUUGCUGCCAGCGCAGAUCAUUUCCGGGCAGUGCCGCUGAGUGACGGUUAUCACAUCCUGUUUACGGAUCCUCGCACGGGUUGCCUUUGUCUGGGGACGGAUGCUCCUGUGGGCUCGCUUACUCGAUUGCUUCGCAAGGUCUGGUUUCGCCCUCCUUCGCAGGCGUACUCGCCUAUGCCCCUAUUGUAUGUUGCUGGAUCUGAUACAAGGCAUGGCGUUCGUGUUGUUGCGACUUUUGCUGCCAGGCCACAACAUGACGGUAUUCCGUUGGAUGAGCGCACGUUCUCUUCUGAUACGGGUGCCACGGAGGAUUCCAACCAGCAGCUUGUUGUGUUUUACACAGUGCCUCCGGACGUGUUCCACGAUAUACGCCGGGCCGAUGCUGAGGCUAGAUCGGCCGGAUACAGGCCCCCUGAAAGCCGCAGAUUUGGGCAGCAUGAGCCAACUUACGGGCACAUUAACCUGAUGAGCGACCCCUUUGGACAAGAUUCACAUUAUCCAGUCGAGGUAUAUGGGCAAGUAGUAGCUAUGUGCGGGAAUCUUACAGAAAUUGCAUUGAACUCGUCUCCGGACUUGAUCAUCUGGGCCUUUGCUGCUGAAGGGUGGGCAAAGACCUGGGCAUUGAACACUGGGAAAAAUGAGCCAAUCAUCAAUUCUGCUGCCCAUAGAGAUGGGAGUGUUCGACAGGCUGAUCCCGAUGGCGAUGUCGUCAUAGCCGGACCUGCGCCUCCAGACACACCUUCGGAACUCAGUUCGUUGGACUAUAAUCUCUUUGAUGGCUCCCCCAUAAGUAACUCGGACCGAGAGCCAACUGUUCUAGGGCCGUAUUCUCACGGUAGGCGAUGCCACAUGCUGGGAGAAAUAUGGGACAUGCAAGGGGGUGAGGCUGAUGCUCUGAGGAUUGACCUAGUUGAGGAGAUAGGAAGCAUUACAAGAGUGGACAUUGAGCUUUUGUCGUAG